AUGGCCAAGGAGAUCGCCCCCGAUGCCCAGCGGUCUGCCGAGCUCUACCAGAGCGGCCUUAUGCACCAGAAGAUCAUGAUGCACAAGGAGUCAUUCUGGGCCGACCGCGCGGCCGAGGGUCUCUUCGCUCCCGAGCAGUACGAGAGCAUGGAGGCGGCCGACACGGUGGUCCGCUGCGUCAACGGUGUUGCGAAGCUCAAGGCCAAUGACCCGCUGUACCAGUUCAAGUGCUCUGGGCUCGACCUGUACGACUUCCGCUCGCACGCGGACCUGGGCAGCCGCACCGGCCAGGGCGCCGGCUCCUGGGGCUGGACGAGCCCGGACGGCCGCGAGUUCAUUGCCAUCUCGCAGGCCGACGGCGCCUCCUUCAGCGAGAUCAGCAAGGAGGGCAAGCUCAUCUACCUGGGCCGCCUGCCGCAGACCCCUGGCGCCGCAACUUCCAUCUGGCGCGAGAUCAAGGGCUACAAGAGCUACGUCGUCAUUGGCUCCGAGGCCGCCAACCACGGCGUCCAGUUCUUCGACAUGAGCAAGCUGCUCACCGUCAACUCGUCGCGGCCCGUCACCUUCAGCCAGAGCGACGCCCUCUUCUGGAACGGCCUGCCCUCGGGCCGCUCGCACAACGUCGUGACCAACGAGGAGCGCGACUACGCCGUCGCCGUCGGCGCCCAGCCGCGCACCUCGACCUGCAAGUCGGGCCUCAUCUUCAUCGACCUCAAGGACAUGAAGAACCUCAACUCUCCCGGCUGCGCCUCGCAGGACGGCUACGUGCACGACGCGCAGUGCCUCGUGUACCGGGGCCCGGACAAGCGCUACGACGGCCAGGACAUCUGCUACGGCUACAACGAGGACACGCUGACCAUCUACCUCGUCACCGACAAGAAGAACACAAAGGUCAUCUCGCGCACCUCGUACACGGGCGCGUCCUACACGCACCAGGGGUGGGUGCUCGACCCGCAGAACCAGCAGUACCUCGUGCUCGACGACGAGUACGACGAGUAUGACGGCACCGGCCAGGGCGCCGCGGGCUACCCCAUCACCUACAUCUGGGACAUCCGCGACCUCGAGAAGCCCAAGCAGACCGGCUCGUACCGCUCGCCCCGCACGGGCAUCGACCACAACCAGUUUGUCCACAACGGCCUCUCGUACCAGAGCAACUACGGCCAGGGCCUCGUCAUCAUCGACGUCUCCUCCAUCCCCAGCGACCCCACGGGUAAGGGUGUUAAGCAGGUCGCCUACUUCGACAUCUACCCGGAGGACGACAACGUCGGCAACGGCGGCGAGAUUGACUUUGUCGGCACCUGGAGCCACUACCCUUACUUCAAGAGCGGCUACAUUGUCAUCAACACCAUCGAGCGUGGCGCCUACGUCGUCAAGCGCUCUUAA